ACCGCGAGGGGGUCGCGGUCGUUCGGUCGCGCACGUUGUAUGCAUUUGCCAGUGCUGCGCGAAGAGCGUGUGUAGUUUGUGGUAUUCUUAAGGUGACUUAAACUGUCACGCACGAGACUACACCCGGCCUCAAAAUGUCAAAUCAAGCAUGGGUAACGCUGGCUACAAACGAUUCCUACGGCCUUGGAGCGCUGGUGCUGGCGCACUCAUUGCGUCGAGUCGGUUCGGCCUACCCUGCAGUGGUGCUUAUUACCCCUUCCGUCACCGAGGCUAUGAGAGAGCGACUUCGCGCAGUAUUUGCUGAGGUGGUAGUAGUCAACGUGUUGGAUUCUCAAGAUGCCACCCACCUCGCACUGCUGCAGCGGCCAGAACUAGGCAUCACCUUUACAAAAAUCCACUGCUGGAAUCUCACGCAAUACGAGAAAGCUGUCUUCCUUGAUGCUGAUACUCUGGUCGUACAAAAUUGCGAUGAACUGUUCGAGCGUGAAGAACUAUCUGCUGCUCCCGACGUCGGCUGGCCCGACUGCUUCAAUUCUGGUGUUUUCGUGUUCAAACCAUCAGCAGAAACUUUUAGCAACCUUAUCACAUUCGCAUCCGAACGAGGCAGCUUUGAUGGUGGUGACCAAGGUCUUCUCAACUCUUAUUUCUCGGAUUGGGCACACGGUGACAUCAAAAAACAUCUGCCAUUCCUUUACAAUGUCACAUCGGCCGCAUUUUACUCAUAUUUACCCGCUUUGAAACACUUCGGCCAAAAUUUAAAGAUAAUCCACUUUAUUGGAGCCGUCAAGCCGUGGCUACAGCAAUUUAAUUGGGCAUCUCGAUCCGUUGAAGCGCCAGAACAUUUGCGUGAUUUCUUGCAACUCUGGUGGGAUCUUUUCGUCGCACAAGUUCACGCACAGCUAGAUACAAAUAUGGAUAACAUAGAAGACGACUCAUCAGCAGUACAUGAACAAGAAAUACCCGAAUUUAGAGAACCAGUUUUGCAUAACAUUUAUUAUGAGCCCAUACUAGAUCCAAAUUCUGAAUUUCCAUGGCAUCAUCCGGAUAAUCAAAUUCUAGAUUCUGAAAUAAAUGUACCAGAAUUUGAUCUGAAGCAAUUUCACGAUCCGUGGAAUAUUUACAGAGGAAACAUUCCGCCUAGUACCGAACAAUCUAAUCCAACAGAACAAACAAUAGAUGAUUAUCAGGAUAUGAGAAAAUAUGCAUGGGAUUACAUGCCACCACAACAAGAGCAGCACAAUUUUCAUAGUAGUAACGAACAAUCGUCUCAGGAUCAUUGCCAACACGUACACGAGCACAACGAAACAAAUAGUCAUCAUUCUGAACAUGAACACCAAUUACACUUUUCCUCAUUUCAUUCUGAAUCUCAUAAUUUUCCGCAGCAUUCAGAACAUUAUAACAAUAAUAAUUCUCAACAACAAUUACAAGAUACACAAAUUAAUACAAUACAUAACUACGUCGAGCAGCAACAAAUUAACAACCAAGAGCCACAUAAUUAUCAUGAACAUCACUACACUUACACUAAUCGGUUAGAAAGUAAUAAAAGCAAUUUAAAUGUACAGAAUGUUGAAUCUCAAAAUAAUAAUCAUGUCUCGAAUAUGUCUUAUGAUAUCCAUGAUAAAGAAGGAUCCAUACAACAUAAAAAGAGAGAUUGGACCUUUCCUUCUCAGUAUCGACAGCAAAAUAAAACGGAACAAGUAUAUACCGUGAUGAUGGAUCACGUCAGGUUGCGAUGUCAACAUACAUCAAAAACAAAAGUUAAUGGAUAUGACUCCGAUAGCGAUAGUGAUGUUUAUGAGGAACUAAGACCUAGGCACCCAUACGAUGGCUUUUACUUAAGGCACAGAAUGACUAUAGACGCACGCGGGCGUAAGGUCUGUAUCCAUGAAAUACCAUUUAUUCCACGUUCGCCGACACCAGAGAGCUCAGAAGAAUUUGAAGAUGCUAUAGAAACAAUCUUAGAGGAUAUUAACGAUAAAAUAAUAGAUGACGAAGAGAUUCAAACCGGCGUUGCAGCGAACCUAGCACGUGUAGUUCCCGGCGCACCGUUGCAACAAGACGCCGUAGACGAACUAGCGAGGCGACAAGGUUGGGAGGCUGGAAACAUAGAUUACAUGGGAGCAGAUUCUUUCGAUAAUAUAUGGGCGAAAAUAUCUCAAACCCUCAAUCAACCAGCUUCUCAAUCCGAGCAAUCAUCAGAACCGCAACCUAAAACUGUUGAAGAGACGGUGGCAUCAGUCGAAGCUGUUUCAGAAAAGCAACCAUUAUUACCUGCAUUAGAGAAGGAAGUUACAGCUUCUGCUGCAAAAAUUGAGACAGAAGUUCCUAAAUCUACAGAGUCUGAACUAGUGGGAUCAGUUCCUGUAGAAGUUCCUACAUCGACCAAAGAAUCGAAACCAGUCGAAAUUCCAGUUCCAGCAGCCGAAGCUAAACCGUCAGGUAAAAUAGAAGAACCAAUUCCCGUUCCGGUUGAGAUGGCAGCAGAAGUUCCUGAAAUAGUGGAUGUUGUUGCCCCUGUAGAAUCCUCAAGUCCUAUUGUUGUAACAGAACAAUCUGAGCAAUCUGGUAUACCAGUUGCCGCCUUAGAAGCGUUAAAAAUCGAUGAACCACUCCCAGAAGCUCUUCUACCGGUAACAGUUGUAGAACAACCGCCGGUACCAGAGCCAACUCCAGAAGCUCCCCUACCGGUAACAGUUGUAGAACAACCGCCGGUACCAGAGCCAACUCCAGAAGCACCCCUACCGGUAACAGUUGUAGAACAACCGCCGGUACCAGAGCCAACUCCAGAAGCUCCCCUACCGGUACCAGUUGUAGAACAACCGCCGGUAGCAGAGCCAACUCCAGAAGCUCCGCUACCGGUAACAGUUGUAGAACAACCGCCGGUACCAGAGCCAACUCCAGAAGCUCCUCUGCCGGUAACAGUUGUAGAACAACCGCCGGUACCAGAGCCAACUCCAGAAGCUCCUGCACCCAUACCAGAGGCAGCUGAAUUAAUACCCGAAACAUCAGCAUCAAAAGCCGAGGCUGACUCUGACAGUCCACCAUUAGCUAAUACACCAUCCAAGGAAGAAAUUCCUGAGGCACCAAUUGCCAAAUCGGAGGAGCGUCGCAAGCCGGUGGGCAAGUUGCAGCUGCGGCCGCCCGUAGCGACGGACCCGCUGCCCACACCCGACAGCGAGCUGGAGGACGCCGCCACGCUCGCGCACGCCAUCAUCGCCGGCGAGCUGCGCACGCCCACCGUCACCGCGCCCUCGCCGCCCGCACACUCCCACGCCGCCCCCGCCGACCCCGCCGAACAACUCUCUCGCCUGUCCGUCCAGGAGCCCGAGGUGCCCACCCCACCCGUCGGCUCGGUCGCUCUCUCGCAGAUCGGCGUCAAGCCCAAGCCCUCAACUGCCGCCCAGAUCGAGUCAUCGGUCUCUGCGAAGACAGAGGCCGCUCCGAAACCGGCCGAGGCGUCCGACGCGCCCAAGAAGAAGGUAGUCAAGAAGGUGCUCAAGAAGGACAAAGAGGGCGCGUCGAAUGCGGAGGCGCCGGUGCCGCCGCCGCGCAAGAAGGAAAAGAAACCCAAAGAGAAAUGAGCGCCCGCCCCUCGCUCCCGAUAGUUCCUCUGUGCCAUAAUUGUAGCCUCACCUCUAUGUUACUAUUUAAUUUAAAUUUGCUUUCGUAUACGUGUAAUCGUUUUAUAUUUUAUAUUUGAUAAUGAAUAAUACUUAAUAAUAAUAC